AUGGCAAUAUUACCAGUGACUCCAGAAAAUCCUCGACGCCCAACUACUAAUUCAAUUGUAAGCGACCCCAGCCUCGAAAAUAAUAAGGACUCCGGGAAUGUUUUGGGACACCGUCAAUGGUUACAGAGAAGUCCUAUACGAAAGAGACAGACCACACCUUCUUCUGUACAUACGUCGAUGCCAGGCGCACUACAAUCCAAACGAAUAUCCAGAAGUCGACGAAACCAAGACGGGGCCCUGGAGCCAGGGACACUAGCAAGGAUACCUAAAAGUGCCAAAGGCCUCAACGCGAGUAAAAUUAAGGAAAACUUCAAGCAAAAAGAAAAUGACAAAGAUAAUACAAAUUUUGAACCUAGCCAUAACGCCUAUAACUCGGAGCGGAAGCAAGAUGAUAUCGGCGAGGAAAACGCUAACUAUAGCAGAGCCGGAGCAGAAAGGGGGGUUGAUAAUACAAGGGACGAGAAGUCAGACAAGGGUAGUAGGAAGCUAUUCAAACAUAAGCUGAAUGAGGAUCUCAGAUGGGCUGGUGGAUUCGACCUAAUAGCGGUUUGCGAGAGUGGCGAUAAACGGGUUCCUUUUGACGAGAGCAAACGUAUUCAUCUCGCCCGAUGGAUGCUAGAUCAGCAACUCGAUGACCCAUCCCAAAAUGUUUUAGCCUUCAAGGAAUAUCUCGAAACUGAAGGAUACUUGAAACAGGAAUACCACGAUUUGUAUAUCCCUCAAUCAAAGAGACCCGAGGAGAAGACGUGGGCCGCAUUUAUAUCCAGGGGAUUAGGACGUGUAGUUAACGGGCUCAAGGUAUCUAUGAUAAACGGAGGAGCAAUUGUUGCCGAAGGGAAUGUGAAGAGCUGCAAACAGACCAUUUUUGCUUCUUGGGCAACCGACGUCUUUGAACAAACUUCGUUUAGGGCUGUUCCCCUGGACUUUGUGGAUCCCCGAUACCGACCUUAUAUGCAAGCUAGCUUAGUGGAAAGGGCUUUUCUUGCAGCUCUGCCCGAACUACGGAAAUGUACACACCGUCAGAGAUCCAUGUUUCUGGAGGCGGUUGGCCGCAUUCCAGCUACGGGUGGAGAAGAAAAUGAAGGCCUAGACGAAGCAGACGGUCCGUCAUUCAUCGCACCCGGUCCGUGGUACGGUUCUGAACGCGCUAUUAGCUCGCCAAUAGAUUGUGAAAUCCCUUCCGGCACAACAGCUACACGCACAGCAAGCUCCGGAGACAAUACAGGACGAUUAUCAAAAACAGUAUAG